UAAUGGAAUUUUGGGUUUUUGCUCUUUCUCAUUUUUAAGACUGAGAGAAAAAAAAAACAGAGAAAGAACCAACAAACACAAUCACAAGUAGCAGCGAACGAAAAAAACACAAGAUUUCCACAGCUGAAAAACCCACGACCCACAACGAUCUUUCCUUCUACAUUUUUGCAGAGAUUUUUUGUUGGGGUGGUGAAGUUUUUCAAUUGGUGUAGCUUUCGGUUCGUGCCAAUUUGAAUUUGAAGGUGGUUUGUUGGGUUUCUUGGGGAUUGAUAGUUUUUUCACUCUCAGUUUAUAAUGGUUCAAGAGCUUGUGAAAGGUUGACUCAUGGAUCCUGAAGGCAAAAAAUUUGGAGGAGGACCAAGGGAGUUGACAGGCGCUGUCGAUCUCAUAGGCCAUUUCAAAUUGAUACCUCACUAUGAGUUUUUCUGCAAGAGGCCGCUUCCCGUGUCAAUCGCGGACACGCACUAUUUGCAUAACGUAGUAGGAGACACUGAAGUAAGAAAAGGAGAUGGGAUGCAAUUGGAUCAACUUAUUCAAAACACAUCUUUCUCGAGAGAUACAAGUGCUCGUAUACAGCCUUUUGACUUGGACAUACUUAAGGAGGCUUUUCAACUAAAGGAAACCGCUCCCAUCGAUUUGCCUGCUGCGGAGAAAGGAAUACCAACAAUUGCAGGGAAAUCGAAAAGUGAGAAAGACAAAGAGAAGAAGCAUAAGAAGCACAAAGAUAGGGAUAAGGACAGAGAGCAUAAGAAGCACAAACAUCGUCACAAGGACAGAAGCAAAGACAGAGACAAGGAUAAGGACAAGAAGAAAGAUAAAAGCGGACAUCGUGAUUCCAGUGCUGAUCAUUCAAAGAAACACCACGACAAGAAAAGGAAGCACGACGGAGAUGAUGAUGUUAAUGAUGUGCACAAACACAAAAAGAGUAAGCAUAAGAGCUCAAGAAUUGACGAGUUAGGGGCAAUAAAGGUCGCCGGCUGAAAUAGUUAUUUACUUUUAGUUCACUCUCUUUUCCUCAAUUGGUUGUUGUCAUUUGUGUGUGAAGGAGACUUUUGCCUGACAUUUUCAGAUUUCUUGAGAGUAGCUAGGGGACCUGACUAAAAGAUUAUCAUGAUGGUGAAUUCACCGGAUGAUGGAAAAGGAAGCAGAUCUAGAAGCUUCUAAGGGGGGGCUAGUGUGUGUAUAUCGAUAGAACCUCCGACCCGAAUAAGCAUAAUUUAUUAAACAUUCGCGGGUGGAUAUGUCUCUGUCUGUAUCGGAUCUGUAUAGAGUUAAAGUUGUAAACUAUAUGGGAAGGAACUUUCCACGCCCUAAAUAUUAUUUCAGAUGUUCACAUUUAGGAAAAAAUGUGAGUUUUGUUA